AUGUUACCGACUGCAUUUCGAUGUAUGAGAUUGUUUUUUAUGUAUCGACUCAAUUUACAAAAAACAAACAUUUUCGAAAGAGCUCUCGUAGCCCAGUCACAUGCCAAAAUUUCCAACGCCAUCUCUUCCAUCAUUCCCGAUGAAGUUCAAAAAUUAGAAAAUGAUACACUCGCCACUCCAAGAAAUUCAUCUCGAACCAAUUCAACAGCUCAUUUCAUUGUAGAUACUUCUCGAAAAUCUUCAACGAGUCAUUUAAUCAUUCAAAUGGAUCAAUCCUUUCAUCAUGAACAAUCAUUGGAAACAAAAACACCUCGUGAAAAUACACCAAAAGAGGAAACUGUCAAAAAUCCUUCUGUGAACGCAUCUCAAGAGGAUGCUUCCGAUUCGUUCAAUGAACCAUCCAAUUCUCUCGAUCGAAAAUGUAUUGAAUCUCCUCCAACGAAUACAGAAUUUUCUGCUGGACUAAAAUAUGAUGAAUAUGUCAGUACAGAAGUCACGGAAGAAACCACUGCUGACAUGAUGACAGACGGAAGAACCACUUGGAAUGGAGAUCAUUUUCGUGACAUUUUAGAACUAAAAUCAGAAAUUAACAAAUUCAAAUUUUACAAAUUCAUGUUAAGCUACAAGGUUCUCAUCAUUACUUACCUUACCGUCUUGUUCAUUCAAAUGGCCAUGUGGUUAAUUUUGGGAGGAGUCGAAGAAGCUGUCUACACUUCUGGUUCGACCACUCCAGGAACAAAACGAAUUUUUUUAUUGGAAGGAGGAAUGCUAGUGUUUGAGCGAGGAUGUUCCAUGUCCACAACUAUGGUGUUGAUUAUUGCAGGAGAAUCUGUGUUUUACAUGAUUUUUGAAAUUGUAGCAUUUGUAUUGUGUGUGAAAUCGGAUCGAGAUACUUGGGCUAUUAAGAAGGAAGCAUUAAGCUUGAUUAUUUUUCAAGUCUUGUUUGUGAUUGCAUUUGUUGUGGCUGGAUUGUUGGAUAUUGUGGUGGUCUUGACAGAUUAUUUUGUACCAUAUGGAUACACGUUGAUGUUUUAUUCAUUUUUGGAAGUCAUUGUCACAGUGACAUGUCCAGUUGUGUAUGCAAUUGUGAGAGAUUAUAGAGAGAUGAGACGUUCCAAGUAUCAGAAAGAAACCGAAUUGGAAUCGAUUUUGAAGAAUAAGAAAUUGUUUGAGAGACUUUUGGACUAUUCUCGUAGAAGUUUUGCUCCUGAGAGCGUGUUGUGUUAUCGUGACAUUCAACAUUUCAAAAAGUCGAAAAGCAAUCAGAAAAGAAAGGCUGCUCAAUUUAUUGUCAACACUUAUUUGCAACAAGGUUCACCUCUUGAACUGAAUAUUGACAAUGUGAAUGAACGAGGAGAAGACUAUACAAGAAAAAUCGCUGAAUUUACUGAAGAUGCUAAAAUUCCAAAGACCUUGUUUGAUGAGUUGGAAAUGGCUUGCUUGGUCGACAUGAGAGAUGUGUUCACAAGAGCUCAAGUCGAUGACAAGGAAAUAUUCAACGCAGUCCAACAAUGGAAAAAGGCUCAAGCAAACAUCAAACUAGAGGAAGUCAAAAGGUGA